AUCGAAUUGAAUCGGUGGUAAUCUGAAGCAGAGAUACGACAUGAACGAGUACGUUAAGGUGGCGGGUGGCCUCGCGCGCUUUGGCAGUUUGGUCUUCUGCAUGCAGCAGUUGGGCGACGUUGUCCUGUGUGUGGGACCGAGCAUGCUCCCAACGUUGAAUGAGCACGGAGACGUCGUGCUGCUCGACAAACUGACCCCUCGGUUUUCCAAGCUACAGAAUGGCGACGUCAUAAUUGCCAAGUCGCCGACGAACUUUCGACAGACCGUAUGCAAGCGCAUCAUUGCGUCGGAAGGAGAGACCGUUGGACUCAAGCAUCGCUACCACCCCACCAAGAUCGAGUUGAAGCAGGUCCCGAAGGGCCACGUCUGGCUCGAAGGCGACAACAAGCACGACUCGCACGACUCGCGGUACUAUGGCCCGGUGCCGUAUGCAAUGAUUCAAGGCCGAGUGCUGUGUAGAGUCUGGCCGUUGGCACAAAUCGGGCGCCUCGACUCGGUGGAGUUGCCCGCCGCAGCAACAGCUACGACCGACCACAGAGCUGCUGUGUGACGAUCCCCAUAAGUUAGAACGACAUCAGCGUCACACUGUUCCCGUCAGACCCGCGCUGAAUACAACACAUUUUUGCCAUUCUCA